ACAAGCCGGGAGGAGCCGCGCCGAGCCGAGCCGCGCCGAGCCGAGCCGCGCCGAUCUCGCCAUGGCUAUCGCUCACAUCGCCACCGAGUACGUUUUCUCCGACUUCUUGCUGAAGGAGCCGCCGGAGACGCGGUUCAAGGGGCUGCGGCUGGAGCUGGCGCUGGACAAGAUCGUCACCUGCAUCGCCGUGGGGCUCCCGCUGCUGCUCAUCUCCCUCGCCUUCGCCCAGGAGGUCUCCAUCGGUGCUCAGAUAAGCUGCUUUGCACCUGGUUCUUUCUCCUGGCGACAAGCUGCGUACGUGGAUGCCUAUUGCUGGGCAGCUGUGCAGCAGAAGCAACCAUCCCAGAACAACUUAGAAAACAUCCCUCUGUGGCUGCAUAAAUUCUUCCCAUACAUCCUUCUGCUCGUCGCGAUCUUGCUGUAUCUCCCAUGUUUGUUCUGGCGCUUCACUGCAGCACCUCACCUUUCUUCAGAUCUGAAAUUUAUUAUGGAAGAACUUGAUAAAGCCUAUAACAGGGCAAUCAAAGCUGCUAAUAGUGUCCGCAGUGGAGACCACAGGGAUCCUACUGACUUGGUUCCUGCUGCUAAUGAGAACUUGACGCAGAGUUUGUGGGAAAUAUCUGAAAGCUACUUUAAAUACCCAAUUGUGGAGCAGUACCUGAAGACAAAGAAGAAUUCCAGAUGCUUAAUAGUUAAAUAUAUUGUCUGCCGUUUACUCACUCUCCUGAUUAUAUUCAUUGCAUGCCUCUACCUGGGUUACUACAUUAGCCUCUCCUCUUUGAGUGAUGAGUUUCUUUGCACUAUCAAAACUGGGAUCUUAAAGAAUGACACAGCUGUUCCAGAAGUGGUUCAGUGCAAGCUUAUUGCUGUUGGUGUCUUCAAGGUACUCAGCUAUAUUAACCUGAUAGUCUAUCUUCUAGUGAUGCCCCUGGUAGUGUAUGCAAUGUUUGUUCCGUGGAGAUGGAAUUCAGGUAUUCUCAAAGUGUAUGAAAUCCUGCCAACAUUUGAUGUUCUGAAGCUCAAGUCAAAGUGUUUUGAUGACUUAAGCCUUUACCUCCUCUUUCUUGAGGAAAAUGUGAGUGAACUUAAAUCAUUUAAAUGCCUCAAAGUGCUGGAGAACAUUGCAGUUUCUGAGAAGUUUGAUGUCAUGCAACUCUUGGUAAACCUUGGUACUAUUAAGACAGAUACUGUAGAUGGGAAGCCAGGGCCAGCCGUGUUGGAGAAGCCUGAAGAAACACCUACAGAAGAGCUGGAAAAAAAUGCAACAGAGCUACAAGUUUUGGCAGACCAUGAUGCAAGUGGCAACGCGAGUACGAGAGAAGAUAAAAAACUUCGCCAAAGACUUAUAGAUUCUUCUUGCUGAUGCCUCCCCACUGCAGCUGGCAGGAGCUUCGUACUGCAGGAGGGCUUCUCCUCCGCCUUUGCUGCACUCAGUGCAAGGUGCUGCUCUUUAAACGCAAUAGGCUUGAUAGCCUGACAGUUCCUCAGGCCAAACUGGUUUACAGACUACUUGUCUAAUAAUCAGCAAUUUUGUACCUUAAAAAGCGUGUUGUAGACUUCCAUUAUUUAUUUUUAAAAAUACACAAGGAAAACAAGAACAAAAUAUUCUUAUUAUGAGUGACAUGCAUUGAAUGCAAUCAAAGCUGGCACAAGAAAGACCUAGCACUAUACUGUACAGGGAUGGAAACAUAACCCUAUAGGUACCAAAAAGAGGUGGCUACAUUGCAUUCUGAAAUGUUGCUCUGCUGGCAUUGACCAUGUCAGUUCUGGGGUUUAAGUGGGGCAUUUCGGGGCUUUCUGCCCUUGAAAAGGAUUUUGGGUGUUUUGUUCUUGGUUUUACUCUUUUAAAUGAAUCUGGUCAAUCUGUACCAGGUGGUGGCUGGCCACUGAUACUGGCUGUGUCCUCACAGGAAAAAGAGAGGUUGCUCUGUUUGUCUUGAGAUGGCGUGGUUGGCCUUCUCAACAGUGAUGUCUGGGAUUAAUUUACUCAGCAGUGAUGGAAAAGAAACUAAUAACAGGCUUAGUGUAAGGGGGUACUGUAAAUCUUAGGGAUUUUGAACUUUCUAAGCAUUCAUAAAUUAAAACACCACUUUUUUUUUACAAAAUUUAAUAAUAUGUAAGGUAAAUGUUAGUUUAGUUUAUGUUUUCUAAGUUGGUUUAGUCUUAGUGACUAGCAAAUCCACCUUGGAUUUUGAACGGAAGAUCGAUGAAGUUGGUUCCAUUUUUGUGAUGGUUUUAGAAGUUGUUUUGUAAUGUUUGCAUGUAUGGAAUUUGUUUCAACAUGUUUGUAGUAUCAAAUACAAUAUUAAUUGUGCUGUCUUCCAAAACCCACUUGAGAAGACAAUCUUUUAUUACGGUGGCACUCGAGUCCCUCAGCAGAGCCAAGCACCCUAUCGCCAAAGUAAGGUAGAUGUAAAUACGAUGAAAGGUUGUUCUCCCCACAUAACCCGUGACUUAAUUUUAAAGAUAAGAUGCUGAGGUGGAUUGGAACAGACAAAAGAAGAGGGAGCACUUUUAAACUGGAAAACUAUCCUGGUUUGUUAGUGGAGAGUUUUAGAACAGUAGCAUUCAGCUGUAAUGUCAUUCCCCCGGCCUAGGACCGCUGCCUUCAAUGAACAUUAAAAUGACCUUUGUCUUGAAUUUUAGGUACAAGUUGAGGUAAGUGAGGGUUUAAGCACCACAGUGACAGAGUGUAUCUUUCACAAAUGUUAUAUGCUCACUUAUUUUUCCAUGUUGUCCAUGGAUCUGAUAUGUUUUACCUGUCCCCUCUUCCAAGUUGUCUUUUUAGAUGAAAUAGGACCUCUUUUAUAGCUCGGUAGGACUUCCAUUUUCUGGAUUGUCUCUGUGACUCGCUGUUGUGCUCUGGACUGUUAGCAUUCUCCAUAUGGCUGAGGAUGAGGGGGGAAAGAAGUAAUUGGUGUUACCAUCUUUGCACAGAACUGUUUAUGUACUGCAGCAGAUUUCAAAGAGAUACUUGAAUUUGGUAGCUGUUGUUAAACAAGCGAAUCCCAAAGUGCUGCGUACUAUACUUUGGGCUAAUAUUGCAAGAAUUCUUCAGUUCUUGUAUGGCUUUCAGCUAAGAUAAGCCUUAUUUAAAAGAAACUCUUUAAAGCCAUAGUAUUAUGCUACCAGGAGGAAACAGGGCUUGUGUUGGAUACCAGUGGUCCAAACUGCUCUAUUUUACUGCCUUACUUCUCCCAGCAGACCUACAAUCCCUCUGACCUUUUCUAGAUUGUUUCUGUCUGGCUAUGCUGAUGGUCCUUUAUAUGUGGGUAAUGCAGAUGCACAUUGUACUUUGUGUUUUGAACAAGGAGCUACAGUGCAAUACUAAGGUUCCGUGAUGUAGAUGUGUUUGAACUGUUUGAUGUAAGUAGAGUUCUCAGUCUUUAAAACUCAAAGCUCCUGAAAGCAACGUGUUCAUGUUUCCUGUUGGAUAUGAACCUAAGUUUUUACUAAUUCCCUUUUUAUAUUUAAAAAUAUGACUUGACGCAGUGAAUCUUUUGUCAUCUUCUAAAAUGCUGAAUAAAAUAUGUAUCAGUUCUUCUUGGUUAUUUAAAUAAAAUGCGUUUCAUGAAGUACAGCAGUGUAAGUGGGUAAAGGUUUGAGGAAGAGUCGUGUGUCACUAUCUGAAAACCCAUAGUGCAAUACAGGUGAUCUGAUGCUAAACCCCAAGCAAAACUGCUGGACAUAGUUAUAAUUUUGUUUAAUUUUUUGAUCUCAGAAAAUUAUCAGAACAACAUGAAUUGGUUCAAAAUCCAUUGAACCUUUAAAAACUAUUGAGAAAACAUCAGUACAUGAUAAACAACUUACCUGUUUUGUGAGUUACCAUCUAAAAAUUGGCCACAGUCUCAACGUGUUUGAGCUUUUCAGCUCUUACUGUUUUAAGAUGUGUUUCUGCAACUGCGCAGCUCAGUUCUAUUUAUAUUUAGUGGCACUGCUCCUGCUGUGUUUUGCCAUUUUCAAAAUGUGGGCUAAAGUGCAAUGUAGGUCUUAAGGAAAAGAGUCCCUCUUCAGCCCCUUUAUCCCUACACUCUUUGUAGAAACAGCUGCAUCUGUCUUUUUUAAAAUACCCCAGAAUGUAAAAUGACAAUGACAAGAUUCGUGUUUAGUCCAUGUCAUUAUUUGUCUGAGGCUUUUCUUUCUCCAUCACUUGGGUACUCAUAGUCCUCCAAGUGCAGGAGAACUGCACCUAGCUCCUCUGCGUGCUCUUUGACGUGUAACACCAUUCAGUGGCUCUUAGCUGCCUUGUGAGAUUCAAAACUUGUGUUGUAAACUGCAUUACACGGAGAGAGAGUAAAAAUGUACCUCUAAAAGCAUUUGUACCCCACUGCUUUUCCUCCUCUGAUGUUAUCGAUCAGUUUGAGAACAAACAGUAUAUUUUAGGUGUAUGUUUUGUUUCUGUUAUUGGGAGCAGUGGGUGAUAUUUUUUUUUAGGAGUUUUGAUGACAAGCUUAGGGCCAAGCAUAGAACCUGUUCAGUAAGCCUACGAGCAAAGGACAUCCUGGCUGCACUUUGUGAACACGAAGGUAGAAAUCAGGUAGUGAGUGGUUUUCUGAAGAUGGAUGUGUUCAGAGGGACACGCCACCUCCACCAGCAGGUCAGUCUUCUGUCCGAGUUAAAACUUUUGAAGAAGGAAGCCACUUGGUGUAAAUCUUUAUUUUUCAAUAAAGUGUCGUGGUGCUGAUAUGAGUAAAAAUUAUAUUGUUGCAUCCUGUGGUCUAAUUAGUUAUCUAACCUUGUCAUACCUAUAUUGAGUUCCUUAGCAGUAUGCACAAGCCAAAGGAAGCGCUUUGUUCAUUCUUCUUCACUGAGUUCCCAUUAAGAAAUGUCAGCCGAUGUUAUGAUGCUGGGGACUGGUUUGUUUUUUAGAUUGCCUGAAGGGAAAAUAGUAUCAAAACCAUGCACACAGCCACCUACUCCAGAAAGGACAGUUGUAAAGCUGGGAGUGGUGUAGUGCAGCACCACCACCUUGCCCAUGGGCUGGGUGGAGAUGUGGGCACCAGCAGAAGCAUGGGGACGUGUGUGGGAGUCCAGGAAGGCUGUGCUGCGUAGACAUGGAAGGAUGCUGAGCUGAGUCAACAAGCUCUAACUGCUCUAUAGAGCCUUGUGUGGGCGUCCCAAGAAAGUGAAUGCACUGUGUCAAUAGCUGCUCAGAAAUGUGGAACUGGCCUUCUUUUUCUAUGUAAACUGGCUGUGUGGCCCCAACUGGUGGGUGGGGACUAAGGAAGGUAUUGGAGAAGUCUUAGCAGAUGUUUUAUCCCACACUAAUUGCUCUCAACUCACAUUGUGUACGACUCUAACUUUCACAGUGACAUGAUUGCUUUUCUGCCCAACUUAAAUGAAACACCAUAGGCAUCAAAAUAUGAAUUGCCCAAGGUGCUGUAAGGAUUUUAUUAAUUAUAUUUGACCUUGUUCCAAACAAACUGUGUAUCGUAUGUUCUUCUAAUAAUGAUGUUAAAGAAAUCUCUAUGCAGUGUGUGUAAAAAGCAGCUGUCUCCACUGAACGGCUUCUGCUAUCAUAGAAAUGCAAUAUAUUCUAACAUACUGACGGAAAUUAGGAAUAGUUUGAAUUUUGCAUACAUAGAAGGGAUUUUGUGAACCCACCUUUCAGGUUUUUUCUCAGUAAAGCCCUACUCUGAAGCUUGGACAAGAUAAUUUACACAGCCUGAGCACUGAAGUAGCCUGUGGCUACUGUUGCAGAAUUUAGAAAGCUAAUCCUCAUUUUGUUAGAAAACAACCCCCCAUGGUCUGCUUUGAGGAGCUCAGGACUGUGAUAAAUAUCAAACCAGCAAAAUCCCUUCUUUUCAUCUCCACUGGCUAUGAAAAAAGGAGGUAGCAGCGCAGAUGUAACCUACAGUGAAGUUAGAUGGCUCUUUCCUUAGAGUCCUGGCUUUCUUCAGCGCUCUGCAGGUGGAAUCAAAAGUUGGUUAGCUGCCUUGAGACUGAGAUCAACCGAGAUCACCCCAAGCUUUACAGUAUUCUCUUUGGUCUUUUCCAUGGAAUAAAUAUCUUCUCUGAACCUCAAAUAUCCUCAUCUGCAUUUGCUUAUUACACACCUUUCAGAUGAACUAUACAAAGAUCAUUGUAACAGGGAGUUAGGUCAUACUGUUCACUCACAGCAUCAAAGAAAAUCUUAGUGUGCCUGCUCCAUGUCUUUGAAAGUGGAUCCAAUGAACUCCUUCAGCUCCUCCAGCAUUUUUGACAGUGUUGCCAUAUUGUUACCUCAAUUUCUUGUUGGAAGAGAGCUCACUCACCCAGUCAGAAAAUCAGAGGGAAUGGGUAGAAGUUUCACUUUCUUGGGAAAUCGGGCUUCAUUGAAUCUCAGCACUGUCUCAGGCCUCCAUGCUUUUCUAUUCUGUUGCCUUAAAAACACAGACAGCCUUAAACUUCCACCUUUGUUUGAGGUCUCUUCAAAUCAACAGCUUUUCCAGGAGCUCCCACAGGUCUUAAACACCUGCUGACACAGACACCCACAUAGGCACAGGGUAUAAAGGGAAGUACACCAUUCUGGCCAUUUGAGAAGUUUGUUGGACCUCCUUAUGUUGUCCCAACACCCAGACAAGCUCUUCAAACAUUUCAUUGCUUCUGAAAGAAGUCCAUCACAACUGCCACAGCCACAACAAUCUGAGCCUCAGAGAAGAAAGGGACGUGUUCCUUUGCUCAGGCUGAAGUUCCUCUUUCAUACACAGCAUGAUCUACAGACAAGUCUCUGAAGAGAGAGAUUUCCCCCCUUACUCUGGAGGAAAUGUCUUUCUUUGGAGGAAGGAGGCUUUCUCCCUGCUUUCAUACCCAGGGAUUGAGCUACAUCUCAGCAUGAAUUUCCCUAGGCUCAUAGAAAAGAUGAAAAGCUGGAAUCCAGGCACACUGUCUACCAGCCCCCAGGGGUCGUACUCCCACAGCAGCAGCAACAGGUUUCCAGCUUUAGCUUCUCCUUUAGACAAACCACUUCCUGCUAACGCGUGUCUCUUCACACGCCAUUACUAUGUACAGAAACAGAUGAGCUCUGGCAUCUUAGAGCUCAGCCCUUCUUCUUCUUCUCACCUCUUCCUCUUCACAGAUCAGAGAGUGACCUGCCACAAAACUGGGCUUCCCUCAUUUGAGGGGAAGAGUGUGGCUCCCACACUCUGAGCGAAAUAGUUCUCUCUUUAAAAAUGCAUCAAAAGGUGGGAAGGAAUGUAAUGUAAAAAGUAUGUGCCGGGGAGGCUAUCUGGCAUUAGCAGCCAAUGGUCUCAUUCUGAGCUACAGCACUAUGCACCUCAUGAUGUAAUCACUGAUUAGUUUUGAAUUCAAGAAUAAGAUGUGAAAUGUUCUGGAAUACCAUCACUGACAUUCCAAGUUGUUUCUGUCUCCUCCUCUUCCUCCCCACUAAACCGCCUCCUCCCCAAGACCUCUUGCAGAAGACUGAGUGACAGAUAGCCCCUGAUGUCCUUCCAGGCCACAGUGGCUCUCAAGCUUCAGACCUACACUCUGCGUUGUCAAGACUGUUCACAACAGGGAAUGACGAGGCAGCCGUGAUCUCCUAGCCCUUUGAUUCAGC